AUGGAGGAUGCCAGUACAGAGACGAUUGAUUUUUCAUCCCUACCAAAAGAAAAAUUCCGUGGAGAUGACUAUUUAUGGCAAUGGAAGGGCUUUUGGUUUAGGCAACCAUUUCUGCAAGCAGCCCAAGAUGUUUUGAAUCACUACAAACCCCUUCCCACAGAUACAGUCUUAGCUUCUUACCCCAAAACGGGUACAACAUGGCUCAAAGCUUUGCUAUAUUCCAUCAUCAAUCGCUCUUCAAGAAAUUCCAUCCUCACCAACCAUCCCCAUAUGCUUGUUCCCACAUUAGAAAUGCAACUAUAUGGGCCAAAAACAGGGUCUUUUGAUUCUUUUGCUGGCACCGCUAAUUCCUCUGCCAGGAUUUUGGCUACCCAUCUGCCUUACCAGGUCUUUUCCGGCACGAUCAAUUCAACAGAUUGUCGGGUUGUUUACAUCACAAGAAAUCCGAAGGACACCUUGGUAUCAUCAUGGCAUUUUUAUCCGAAAUCAAAGGAGGUUAAAGAUCCAUGGUCUCUAGAGGAUGCAGUGGAGAAGUUCAGUAAAGGUAUUGCCAACUGUGGACCUUAUUAUGAUCACGUUUUAGGGUACUGGAAAGAGAGCUUGGAGAGGCCUAACAAAGUCUUCUUCAUCACUUAUGAAGAACUGAAAAGUGAAACCAAGAUUCAUGUCAAGAGGUUGGCUGAGUUCUUGGGGUGUCCAUUUGAUGAUGGUGACGGCAAAGAAGAGGAUGCAGUUCUGGAUGACAUUGUUAGCAAUUGCAGCUUUGAGAAACUGAGCAACUAUGAGGCCAAUAAAUCUGAUGAUGGCCAUGUAGGCUGGCUUAAGUUCCCACUGAGUGCUUUCUUUAGACAAGGAGGGAUGGGGGAUCAUAAAAAUUAUUUGACUACAGAGAUGAUAGAGCAUAUCGACAAAAUUACAGAAGAAAAAUUUCAUGCGUCUGGUUUUUUGUAUGGGAUUUAG